AUGCCGAGUAUUCCUGAACACUCUAUCGGGCUCUGCCUAAAAGUGGUUCGAUGGACCGGACUGCCGUAUGGGUCCAUCACCUGCUUUUCUGACUUCAAGAUUGCAUUCCUACGCAAUUUCGCCAACAGCGGGAAGUAUCAAAAGAUAGACCACUGCUUGUUCGCUCUCAAGCAAGGGUCCGCUGAACUAUUGAGGAGUUAUAUCAAGCGCUUCAAUCAAGUGGCCCAGGAUGUUCCCUCGGGCACAUCAGAAAUACUUAUGAGCGCCUUCUCCCAUGAGCUGACCGAGGGAGAGUUUUUUAGAGAUCUCAUCAGGAAUCCUGUGAGGAAUUUCGAUGAGAUGCUUGAGAAGGCGGCCAGCUACAUCAACAUAGAGGAGGCACAGGCAGCUCGAAGGAAGGCAGACAAACUGCCUCCCUCUACUAACAGACUGUAA